GACGAUGGAGUACAAGAGCAGUAAGAUGCUGAAAUCUCUACGGCUGAUGUUGGUGAUCGUUUGUCUGGUUAGUCUUGUCCCACACAUCACGGCAAGACCGUCAAGCGUGCGGCACAGCAAACAAUUGCGCCUCGUGGACCAUCUUCUACGCAGCAGAGCAGCCACGGCCGAAAGGACCCACCAGCACAACCAUCAGCACAAAAGGAGAUCUACAGAUUAUGAGGAUUACUACGACGCAGAUUACAAACGCGUGCAACAGUGUUAUGAAGAUGAGGACAUAAACGAGCUUUGCCAACGCUGUUCGAAGGUGACAAAGUCAUCGAUAGUGUUCCCGAUGUGCUGCAACAACGAGGAUCACACGAUGACAUGGUGCAAAGAGUACGUUUACUAUGGAAUACAAACGUAAC